AUGACUGAUGAUAAAACACGUUCAUCAGCACCAUCAAAUGUUUCUAAUGGUGCUACCAAUACUACUAAUAGCAAUACGACAACUAAUAGUACAUCAAAAUCUAAUCAAAAAGAUCUGAAACCUAAUUAUACACUUAAAUUUACUCUAACUGGUCAUUUAAAAGCUGUAUCAUCAUUAAAAUUUUCUCCAACAGGUGAAUUACUUGCAUCGGGUUCAGCUGAUAAAACAAUUAAAUUAUGGGGUGCACAUGAUGGCAAAUGGGAAAAAACUAUCAGUGGUCAUAAAUUAGGUAUAUCCGAUUUAGCAUGGUCAUCCGAUAGUCGUUAUUUAGUUAGUGCUAGUGAUGAUAAGACAUUAAAAAUUUGGGAUGUAGCUAAAGCAAAAUGUUUAAAAACAUUAAAAGGUCAUACAAAUUAUGUAUUUUGUUGUGAUUUUAAUCCACAAUCAAAUUUAAUUGUUAGUGGUUCAUUUGAUGAAAGUGUUAAAAUUUGGGAUGUUAGAUCAAGUAAAUGUUUACGUACAUUACCAGCUCAUAGUGAUCCUGUAACAGCUGUUCAUUUUAGUCGAGAUGGUACAAUGAUUGUAUCAUCAUCUUAUGAUGGUCUUUGUCGUAUAUGGGAUACAUCAUCUGGCAUGUGUUUAAAAACAUUAAUUGAUGAUGAUAAUCCACCAGUUAGUUUUGUUAAAUUUUCUCCAAAUGGUAAAUAUAUUUUAGCAGCAACACUUGAUAAUACGUUAAAAUUAUGGGAUUAUUCAAAAGGUAAAUCAUUAAAAUUAUAUACUGGACAUAAAAAUGAAAAAUAUUGCUUAUUUGCAAAUUUUUCUGUUACUGGUUCGAAAUGGAUUGUAUGUGGUUCAGAAGAUAAUUGUGUAUAUUUAUGGAAUUUACAAACAAAAGAAAUUGUUCAAAAACUUGAAGGACAUACAGAUGUUGUUAUGUGUUGUGCAUGUCAUCCAAAAGAAAAUAUUAUUGCUAGUGGAGCAUUAGAAAAUGAUAAAACAAUUAAAUUAUGGCGAAGUGACAUAUAA